AUGACAAGUGGUUUCCCCGUUACGGCAACACUUUCAGCGUUGCCAGCCCAUCUAAAACGGUUCAAGGAAGUUGAGCAAACAGAGGGCAGUCUUUUUCAACACCUCUUUGCGACCCUGGAAACGUUCAGGGCUCUGCGCAAUUUUUGUAAUCCUGCCCACACAGCUGACAAUGAUACUUCCAACCUCUGUCACAUUGGAUCGACCCCGGUACAGCCUCGAAGUUAUCCACUGCCGACAGUGGCGUCUGCUAUGUAUCGGAGUCCGACGCAGACAUUGGCAUUGACGCCGCCGGUGGGGAGUCAGUCGGGUGGAUUCGUCGGCCUUGAGCACAGCUAUGGUCGCUGCGGAUUUCCAGAUAGCAGGCUGUUCCCCAUACCCUCCGCUGACAGUCAAGAAAGCAGCUUUUCACCGCCAGCUUCUUCCUCCCCCUCCACUGCCGCCUCGUUGUCGUCCGUGCUUCAGCCGCGUUUGGAGGCGGGACCAUUACCCAGAAGAAGGCUGACUGGUGACGUCGAACUGCGAGAAUUCGUCUGUCGUCUUUGUGGUCGAGAGUUUAACUGCGCCCUAAAUCUUGCCCAGCACCACUGUCCGGGCAUUGUUCAAACUACCUACAAUUGUUAUGAAUGCGAGAAGGUAGGUUUUUGUGUGAAAAGUCGUUAUAACUUUUACCACAAAUUGUCACACUUCCAUCUGUAUGGGGUCUCUACCGAACACAGUUAUUACGAAGGAUUUCCUGCAAAGCCGCUACCAUUAUCACUGUCACUAAGUUAACCCCUCCUGAUGUUUAAUUUAUUUUGACUCAACUGUGAAAAACUCGGCCACCUUGGUAGUUUUCGAACUCCCGACAGCUAAAGGAAGGCUUGAGUACGACCAACGCUUUAGCCACUUAAACUACGAGGUCCCGAUGGAGGCCGUGAACUUAACCAUAGUGGGUCAAAAUAAAUUAUUUAAAAUCUGCCAAACACCUCCUGAUGUUGUCAUCAAUCCCAACUUUAACAAAAGUUUUUAUUCCUGAUAGGAUAGUUCGAGGAACGCUAUUCAUUUGCGACAGUGAAUACGAUUACAGUUGGGGAGACUCGUUGUCAUCCUCAAGAAACCACUCACCAGAAGUUCUUAAUACUGACGACAAACAAAAUUUCAAACACCUGAUGUUGAAAGCGUCGUAUGAUAGCACUUCCUAACCUUAAGUUGGUGAGAAACGUUCACAACUCUUACUUAUGUCAUUGACAUUAUCAGUAUUAGGUGUUUAUGUCAGACUUGAAUAAUUAACCAACCCACUUGUAAAAACUCCGUGACCUAGAUGGAAUCUGACUCCACAGGAGUAAGGGCAUGAUUUUAGUAAAACUGGUCCUCUAGUCACAUGAAAUAUGAGACCAAAACUGAUGGUAUUCAGUUUUUAACAUUUUGGUUAAGUCGACUGUGCUGUAAUUAAUUUAUACAUUUAGGAGUUAGCGGUGAUGAAUUCUACACGUUGGAGUAGACUAAGCGAUCAAGUUAGCCUAAAUAUACACAAUAGGAGGCUGUUAGUCGGGGCACCGUAGCUCAGCUAGUUAGGGCGCUAGUUGCAUUAACGCCGUGUCCAAAUUGUCGGGCAAUUAAGUCGUGCCGAGAUCCGGUUUUUCACAAUUGGGUCAAUCGAAUAGUCCUCCUCCUCCUCCUCCUCCUCCUCCUCCUCCUCCUCCUCCUCUUCUUCCCCUCGUCAUCACCACCAGGAGUAUCACUACUGUUAUCUGGGUUAUCAUUAUGUUUGCCAGUCAACUGACUCAGCAUCUUUAGGGUAAGAUGAUACCAUACUAACAGCACAUGUACUAACCAAAAGCCCAUACACGCGUGUUUCGUUGAUAUUCUGCUGUUGCAUGGCGCGGCUGCAAGGGAUUCGGCUCGUCACUGGGUCCCCCAGCAUUCUCCGUCUGUUUUCUGGUAGAUAUUCCAAAUUAGGAAUUGUCGCUUUUUAAUUUCUUCAUAAAUUAACUACGAACAUGGAGUAGAUCAGCUUAUUCAAGGUCUAUAGGCUCAGACGGGGAAUGCUGGGGAACCCAUUGGCGAGCCGAACCCCUCACAGCUGCGCCAUGCAGCGGCAGAAUAUCGGCGAUACACGCGUGUAUGGGCUUUUGGCUAGUACCUGUGCUGUUAGUAUGGUAUCACCUUACCCUAAAGUAUACUACUAACUGCCUGUCGGCAGUUACUCAAUAUUACGCGGUUAGCCGCUGUGACUGAUGGACUUCGGCCCAAAUAUUCAUACAUAAAAUUCUCGGUCUGAGCCUAUAGACCUUGAAUAAACUGAUCUACUCCAAAUUCGUAGUUAAUUUUUGAGAAAAUUAAAAAGCAACAAUGACUCAGCAUCUCCUAACCUAUCCUGCCCACAUUGCAAUCACUCCUGCAUGUCACGCCUAGACCUGAUGCAUCACUUGCAAGUCCAUCGCACAGAUACUGGCAAACCAGAACUUGGAGCAGCGAAAUACAUCCGCCGGCAUCGCAUGAGCCAACUUGGCCACCUUUGCCUCCAGAGAUCAAGGUAAUAAAUCACCACAAACAUACCGCCACCUCUCCACCACCAUGCAGACCACAUCACCACAUAAUUCCCCAUAAACAUAUGCACCACACAUGCGUACCUCCAACACCACCUAUUGCAGGCAUUUCUCACGUAGGUGGGAAGUGUGUUCUUUGGCUCCUUCUCCAUUUGGCUCCUCUGCUAUAUUUUAGAUUUGAACAGUCUACCCCCUCUAUGAAAUACCAAUGUGUGCCUAUCGGGACAGGCCGUAUGCGUGAGACACACGGACAGACUAUUCUUAAUUCUGCCAGUCAGUCCUUCCGAUUUCAGCAUCAGUUGAUUGACUGGCUCAGACAGUCAGUUGGUGCUCGCUUUUGGGUAGAGCAAGUGAGGUCGACUAUCGCAACGCACAGUUCCCCUCUCUAAACAAUCUGACACGCUUGAGAAUAUCACGGUAGGUUAGAAGCCGUGGGUUGAGUUCGUCAGCUGAUGAUUCGAUUCAGACCUUGCAGUCAACACAUUGUGGCUUUAUGCACUGGAUGGCUCCCUCUCAAUGACUCUCCAACACAUUUGGGAUAUCAGCCGCCUAUCCUCUCUUGUCAGCAAUCCUGGUGUGUGCGUUUGGAGGGGGGGGGCAGGUCUUGCAUGCGGCACGCGUAGACAUGCCCUCAAUUUCUGUCGGUCACUGUACUCACACCGUACACCAGACAACUGACCAGCUCGAACAGUGGACUGGUGCAUGACAUUAGGAAGCGGUCGACAACCUCAGCGCAUAUUCCUCACCAUAACCACUCUGACGAGCCUAAUUCUAUCAGGGUGCGCUAAAAGCUGCGGCUUGGAAGGCUGCCGACGUAUGGGGUAACUCGCAGUCGGUUCGGUGCGUGUCUGUAUGCAGUGGCCGAUUCAUGAACUGAGAGUCAGACCGCAAUGAAUUUUUCCCAUAUUUGGCCUCUGUGGCACCCCCACUUUGUGCAGGCCGAGCCGGUAUGGUGGCACUCCUAAGUGCGGAUUUUCGCCGUGGUGAUCACCUCCGUCCUCUAACCCCUCUGAUCUUCCUAACUCUUUCAUUACACUGGGCGUAGGUGGGUGCGAGAGGAAAGACGCGGCGAAAGUCUACUAUCAUUAUAAACAACUUCACUGUCCCUGCUCUCAUUCUUCACUGGUGCACACGGUAGACAUCAUUGAAGCAAACAGUCAGGCUGUUGUACUUUUGGCACUGCGACGAUCGUUAACCCUACGUCAAUUGAUUAAGUGCUUAUUUCAUAAUCACUGAUUUUGUCAUCGUUCCCGUUAAUACCGCUGCUUUUGCCGACACUUAACACUCUUGAAAUAAACGCCGUCGCUAUCACCAUUAUAGCGACACUUGCUGUCAGUAUUACAGCAACCAACGCAUAACUUCUACUGGUAUCACUAUAGAUGUGCUCGAAAUCAUUGGUUUCAUUGUAAAUUACUCCGGAGACUCUGGAAUCAGUAAUUGCACCUGGAGUGUUAAGACAUCGGAACCGAAAACUUCAAAUCUGACUGACAUUUCUCAUGUUAAACACAUAUUUCCCUGAUUUUUUGCUCGGGUUUCUGCUCACUGGUGAUUUCUGGUGUGGUCGUUUUCAUUACUUCCCAAUGGAUGCACAAACUUGCGCAUAACACACGAGGUUAUGUCAAAUUAAAGUUUGGAAUGUAUUUGUUGAAAUGAUAUGAUGUCCUUGUUUUGACGGUAGCUAUAAAUGUGAGCUUUGUGGAACGCACACCUGGUUCUAAGCGCAUUAUUGCAGCUCACGAAUGAUGCUAAUUAAGUAAGUCAUCAGGAUAUUUUGUUGAAAGGACAUGUGAAUAACAAUAUUCUAAGUUAAAUGUUCAAAAAUAUACAAAUUAAAUGACGAUUCUUGGAGAAAUUUCCAGGUUUUUGAGACUUAACGUAAAAAAUCCUUUAUACAGAGUGAGUGGCAACAAUAAAAUAUUUGCAAAAUUUUGCCUCGAAAUAUAGUUGCAUUUAUUUGUUUUUUUAACAGACUAGAACAAUUUAACUGAUAGUUGUAAAAAGCCCGUGACCCGAUUGGGAUUCGAAGCUGGUAUUCGGUUAAAUUAGCCAAACCUGCCAAAGCGUAUAUUUAUUCAAAGUGCCUGGGAAACCUCUAGUGAAUUCUAAAUAUGACUUUUAGGUAGGCUUUGUGUAAGAAAUCGUGGACUCUAUAUUUCGCAGCUGGUUGUCUGAUCGACUUGGCCCAACUGAAAACGAACGGUAGUCUUUCGGCUGGGACCUCAUAUCCCAGGUGUUGAGAGCAGUAGUUGUGCUCAAGCGUUGCCUUUGCUGUCGCGGGUUCAAUUCCCACUAAGAUCACCGAAUUUUUCACAACUGGACACAGCCUGAAAUAGCUGAAUUAAUAAAACAGUCGUAAGUAAAUAGAAAAUAAACACACUACUUAAGUGGCGAGCGUUGCUGAGUGCGACCGACGCAGGCGUCCCAAAGCUUCCCCGCUCGGAAUUCAGAAUGAUGUCGUGCAUGAGGUAACACAGAGCUUACUUCGCACUAACCAUUACUGUAAUCCCAAUGACGCGUUCCGUGGUGCUUCACAAUACACGUUAGGAUUUAUGUUAUUUAUUGUUUGCAUUUGGUGCCUACCACAUGACAAAUAAUAUCAUAGCCUCGACAGGCUUCUAGUUCUUAUCCUCUGGCUUGGGGGUGGAUAAGAACGGCUUCACGACUUCUUGGGGGUAUCUGUUCGAUUUGUUGCAUUUUAAGUUCCUCAGAGAUUAACUGCGAACUUGCAGUAGGUCAGUAUAUUCUAAGGUCUAUAGGCGCGGACCGAAAUUUGAUGUAUUAAUAUCUGGGCCGAAGUCCAUCAGUCACAGCAGAAUGACAGCGUAAAAUUCACUAACUGCCGAUAGGCAGUUAGUAGUAUAUUUUAGGGUAAAGGGAUAUCAAACUAAUAGCAGAGGCACUCGCUAAAAGCCCAGACACGCGUGUGUUGCCGAUAUUCUGCAGCUGCAUUGUACAGCUGUGAGGGGUUCGGCUCGUCGCUGGGUCCCCCAUCAUUCCCCGUCCGCUUUCUGUUAGGUACUCCAGUUUACAAAUUGUUGUUUUUUUAAUUUCCUCAGAAGUUGACUGCGGAUUUGGAGUUGGUCAGUAUAUUCUAAGGUCUUUAGGCGCAGACCGAAAUUUGACGCAUGAAUAUCUGGGCCGAAGUUCAUCAGCCCCGGCCAGAUGACCGCUGUGGCUGUUAAACACCAAAUCGGGGUGUAGGUACCGAAUUCCACGCACUAAUCUCUCGGCCUGUUGUAGGUCGUUUCGAUACCUCCGAGUUUUUUAAGAAUUUAAGUCACGAUUUACCGCCUUCCACUCACUUUAGAUUAAUUGUCCGUUUUUCUCUAUAGAAUUACCCCAAUAAGUUCCUCGUUAGCCGUUUCUUUAUUUAUUUCUAGUAUAUAACGAGCCGGUGUCCUAGUUAAUGCCGCACGAAAAAUUUAUUAACCCAUUCUCACGCGAAUGGGCGGUUAGGAUGACAUGUAUGUGACGAUUUGACACGCUGCUGCGAGUUGGUCGAUCGAACCCACAACCUCAAGUCUCCGAAUACAUCCCCACACUAGUUACAUUUGAGUGUCAAAUCAACAAGAUGACACUGUUGGUGGGCAUUUUAACGCAAGAUGUGACAUAUGAGGAGGGGGUUUUCACUGAAAGUGCAGAUCUACUGAAAAUCUCGCGCCCCGCCGCCUUGAAACCUUGGCAACUGUCUAGACACGUUUCCGCCCUAGAGUGAUCGGUGAUGGACAAAUGGGAUUUGUUAAUUAAUGCACUUUCAGAUGAAAUCUAAUAGAACGCUCAGCCCAAAAAACCAAAACGUAAACGGACAAAUAAAACGUUGAUUAGUUAAAACGAACAAACGGCAAAGUAUAGCAUGCUAGGGAAACAGAGGAAUAUGGUAAUCAGAGUGAUAAUGCGAUAACAAAUUGCCUUUCAAUAAUGACCUUUCCAACUGACUAUCGUAAAUAUCGACCGUUUGCUUAGUUAUGUAGUUUAAAUGAUUGGCACAUCCUCAUUGCCAUAUCCAACCGGAUGGCAUUUCUGGACGGACAACUGGAGGCCAAAAGCCUUGAAAAAUCUAAAGUUUGGGUAGACUUUCCGAGACUUUCGAGACGAGUGACUAUAAACUAAUUGUACCAACAAUAUUAACUAACUAUGCUAAUUAAAUAACUAACUAACCAGCUAACUAACUAAAUAAACGACUGACAAACCAACUACCUAUGCUAACCCACUAACUAAUUAUACCAACUAACUAACUGACCAAUUAACUAAGUAAAUAACCGACUAGCUAGCUGACUAUACUAAAUAACUAACUAAAUUGUGGGUGAGCUGCAUGAGACUUUUAAAGUGAGUAAUUAUGUAAUAACUUAUUAUUUGACCAAGUUUCUCGCUUGACCAGCCUUCUUAAUGACACUUUUAUGGUCUCUCAGUGAUUGGAAGUGUCAUUUAAACAUAAUUUCACAAAAUUUAGGCUCAAGAGUAGUCCCAGACGCCGUCGCGGCUCGCAUGAAAAUGUUCGACCAAUCACUAUUCAGCGCUCUAAAAAACCCGUCCACAUAUCGCAAUUUUUAAUCACUCGCUGGAAACACACCAUAGUGACUCUAUAACGACCGAUGGCUGGGUUUAAUCCUCCGUUCACAUAAAAGAAAUAGCAGCUGCUAUGACAUUUUAGUAGUCAUUGCCUAUCAUUACUUGCGCGGUUCCAAGAUGAUCGUGUUCCAUUCUGUAACCCGGUCAAAAAACGCUCUUUCAACUUUACUUGUCCACUCUUCUCAGUUAUGUUUCCCCACCCCCCCCCCCUUACCGAAGUGUGGGUCAAUUUUUCAGGUGUUCACCUGCUCAGCCAAUUUGGCAAGCCACCAGCGCUGGCAUCGACCAAAACUGGCCCGUCCCAGCCUGCCCAUCCUCAGAACAUCCAGACCUCUCUCCUCCUCCCUCACCUUUAAACACCGCCGGCAGGUGAAGCGAACGAAACCACCACCUUCACAUGAUCACCGCCAGCAGGGGAGUACGGUCACCAGUUGCCGUCAGACUGCAGUCACUGACUUCAGCAUUGAAAACCUCCUACGGCCUGAUAGAAAGCAGCAGCAUCAGCGGCGGGAGAGGUGUUGUGCAACCUUUUCGAUGCAUGCGGCGGAUUCUCUCUCCUCCAUGUCCGCUCAGACGCCGUGGUCGCCUGUCGAAGGACCCCAAAAGUGCACCCCUGGCGACGAUCGACCAUCCACUUGCUUCUGCUGCGGUCGGGCCUUUAAUGAGCUUACGGAUCUGGAGGACCACAUUCUGGAUCAUAUCUUCCUACCGACCGUCUGCUGA